AUGGGAGGAGGAUCCCAAACGGGCGAGAAAGCCGAAGGAGUUUCGUCUUCACCUCAGCCGUACGGAGAGGAAGCUCAACAGCAGCUGAAGAACUGGUUUACGAUUCAUAUCAAUCGCUUCCGCCAUCCAAUUUUCAUCAUCUCAGAGUUGUGUCGAAUACAGAUGAAUCUUCAAUCCAAUCAACAUUCUACAAAUCAACAUGAAAAUGCUGCUAGAGGAACUGAAGUGUUCGUUGGUGGGUUGCCUAGGAGCAUUUCAGAGGAAAAGCUUCGCAAGGUAUUUUCCGCUUGUGGAGAAAUUGUGGAACUUCGCAUGAUGAGGGACAAGAAAGGCAAUUUAAAGGGAUUCUGCUUUGUUAGGUUCGCAACGAAGGAAUCUGCAGCCCGAGCUGUGAGGGAAAUAUCUGGCACGGUGCUGGAGGGGAAGAAGAUUGGCGUUCUACCGUCAAGUGAGCAAGACACUUUAUAUCUCGGGAACCUUAACAAAGUGUCGUGUCCCUCUAUUAUGUUUCAUGUGCCACAGGUUUUCCCAGACAUAGAAUCCAUUGAGCUCCCAAUCUUUAAAGACACGCCACCAGGUCAAAAGCUACGAAAUCGUGGUUUUGCGUUUGUGAAAUUUCUCUCACAUGCUGCAGCUGCACGUGCUCAUCAGGUGGGCUGUCAACCAGAUUUUCGGCUUGGGAAUUUGCACCCAGUUGUUCAGUGGGCAGAAGAAGAACGUGAAAUAGAUCCGAAUGAACUUGCUAAGAUAAAAGUAGCAUUUGUCAGGAACCUACCUCUUAAUGCAGAAGAGUACUAUUUGAAGCAAUUGUUUGAGCCAUUUGGCAAGAUAGAGAAAGUAGUGGUGUCCAAAAAAGGUAGCUCCGCAGUUGGAUUUGUUCAUUUUUUUGAGAGAUUGGAUCUUGAAAGAGCCAUCAAUGCACUGAGUGAGAAAACAGUCCAAGGACCUAAUGGAGGUCCACUGUAUAAACUCCAGGUUGAAAUUGCAAGACCUAUGGAUAAAAACAAGAAGCGAGUUCAUGAGAACUCUGAGACUACUUCUGUUCAGGAUCAUUCUAAACAUUUGAGACCUGAUAUCCAUAGUUCUCUAGUCCAUAGGGGAAUUGAAUCUUCUGACCCUUACGAGGAGGCUGUAAUAGCAUUGCCUUUAGCUGUUAAAGAGCGCUUACUCCGAAUUCUACGGCUUGGAAUUGCUACUCGUUUUGAUAUUGAUGUUAAAAGUUUAUGCAGUCUAAAGGAACUACCCGAGCCUAAUGCUAUUUCUAUCCUUGACCAGUUCAUGUUCUCUGGCGCGGCUUUGCCAAAUAAGGGAGAAUAUUUAGAUGGACUGAUUUCUAGACAUCUGGCUGAAAAAGCAAGAUCAAACCAGAGCCUGGACGUUUUCUCUCGAGUUGCCGAAAAUACUAGGAAUGAGUCGAGGCUAUUUGGCAUCUCGCAUCAAGUGUCCCCACAUACUGCUCCUUAUACCUCUCACACACAAUUACCUGCAACAACUAGGCCCAACAUUUACGCGGCAUAUUCAUCACCACGCUCAGACUAUGUUUUGCCAAACCAAACUCUAACACGACAAGUCAACGGCCAACAUUUACCAGAUUACCCUCUGCCAGGUGGAACACUAAUACGAAGAGCGGACGAGUCGGGUCCUCCUCCAGGCUAUCCUCUAUCAAGUCGAACCCUAACCAGAAGAGUAGAUGACAGAACCCCACUUUCACCUUCAGGUCAUCACUCCGGGCCCCACAUUUUCCAGAUUCCAAAAGUAGACACGCUCGAGGAAAGAACCCUUUCUCCCUAUGAGUCGAGACCGGUCCCAACCAUGUCUUACGGGCGGGUCGGGUUAAGAACCAAGGAAAUUCACCCGUCGCCACCUGUCCAGACGGCACCAGGUUUGUCUGUAUCUUCGUAUGAUAAAAGAGUUGUUGGUGGUGUUGGUCACCAAGAAUCUCGACGUCAAAUUAGGUUCGACCCGUAUACUGGAGAGCCGUAUAAAUUCGAUCCUUUUACUGGGGAACCCAUUCGUCCGGUGGAUACAGAAGCUCGGCCAUUCUGA